AUGGCUGACGAGGGCGCAUCACCCCGCGAGCUGGUCGUGGAGGCCUGCCGCCGGGAUCAACCCCACCUAAUUGAGCAAGUACUGAACGAAAUGGAAGAGAAAUCAAACGAGCAAGUGGCACACUUCUUCAACGAGUUGACAGACUCCAUGGGAAAUCACGCAUUGCACAUCUGUGCCCAGUACGGCAGCUAUGAUACCAUGGACGCCCUGUUUGACAUUCAAUUCUUCGAGUGUGACCCGUUGACCCGGCUGGACAAGGACACGCCUUUGCAUAUCGCAGUGCGGUACGCCAACGAUAAAGACGCAGAACUGGGUGAGGCCAUGAUCAAGAUGAUGUGUGAGGCUGGUUGUGACCCUCGAGUGCGGAAUAAGCAUGGCCAGAAGCCUGCCGAGCUGGUCUUCAACAAUAACGAGAUUAAGAAGACCCUUCAACAAACCGAGUAUAUUAUGGCUGAGGGUAUUCAAAAUACCGGCAAUGGAGCUGACUCGGAUGGUGGAGAGGCCAGUGAUAGCGAUUAA